AUGCUCUGGUUCUCCGGCGUCAGGGCUCUGGCUGAGCGUCCCUGCCGGCGCUCGCCCGGGAUUACCUGCUGCGUCUUGCUGCUGCUCAAUUGCUCGGGGGUCCCCAUGUCUCUGGCUUCCUCCUUCUUGACAGGUUCUGUUGCAAAAUGCGAAAAUGAAGGUGAAGUUCUCCAGAUUCCAUUUAUCACGGACAACCCUUGUAUAAUGUGUGUCUGCAUGAACAAGGAAGUGACCUGUAAGAGAGAGAAGUGCCCAGUGCUGUCGAGAGACUGUGCCCUGGCCAUCAAGCAGAGGGGAGCCUGUUGUGAGCGGUGCAAAGGUUGUACCUAUGAAGGAAGUACCUAUAACAGCUCCUUCAAAUGGCAGAGUCCUGCUGAAGCCUGUGUCCUGCGCCAGUGCCAGGAAGGCGUUGUCACAGAGUCUGAGGUGCGAUGUGUCGUUCAUUGUAAAAACCCUUCCAAGCAUCUGGGAAAAUGCUGCCCCACUUGUCCAGGCUGUGUGUUUGAGGGGGUGCAGUACCGAGAAGGGGAGGAAUUUCAGCCAGAAGGAGACAAAUGUACCAAGUGUUCCUGUGUUGGAGGCAGGACACAGUGCGUGAGAGAAGUCUGUCCCAUUCUCUCCUGUCCUCAGCACCUUAGCCACAUUCCCCCAGGACAGUGCUGCCCCAAAUGUUUGGGUCAGAGGAAAGUAUUUGACCUCCCAUUUGGAAGCUGCCUCUUUCGCAGCGAUGUUUAUGACAAUGGAUCCUCUUUUCUCUAUGAUAACUGCACUGCAUGUACCUGCAGGGACUCUACUGUAGUGUGUAAGAAGAAGUGCUCCCACCCUGGUGGAUGCAGCAAAGGCAAGGAGGCCUGUUGUGAGGAGUGCCUUCUACGAGUGCCCCCGGAAGACAUCAAAGUGUGCAAGUUUGGAAACAAGAUUUUCCGGGAUGGAGAGAUGUGGUCCUCUGUCAACUGCACCAUCUGUGCUUGUGUGAAAGGCAAGACAGAGUGUCGCAAGAAGCAGUGCAUUCCCAUCAGCAGCUGCCCUCAGGGUAAAAUUCUCAACAGGAAAGGAUGCUGUCCUAUUUGCACUGAAAAGCCUGGCGUUUGCACAGUGUUCGGAGAUCCCCACUACAACACUUUUGACGGACGGACAUUUAACUUUCAGGGGACGUGUCAGUACGUUUUGACAAAAGACUGCUCCUCCCCUGCCUCGCCCUUUCAGGUGCUGGUGAAGAACGAUGCGCGCAGGACCCGCUCCUUCUCCUGGACCAAGUCGGUGGACCUGGUGCUGGGCGCCGGCACCGUCAGCCUCCAGCAGCACCUGACCGUGCGCUGGAACGGCUCGCGCAUCGCGCUGCCCUGCCACGCGCCGCAGUUUCACAUCGACCUGGACGGCUACCUCUUGAAAGUGACGACCAAAGCAGGUUUGGAAAUCUCGUGGGAUGGAGACAGUUUUGUAGAAGUCAUGGCUGCACCCCAUCUCAAGGGCAAACUCUGUGGUCUUUGUGGCAACUACAAUGGACAUAAGCGUGAUGACUUAAUUGGUGGAGAUGGAAACUUCAAGUUUGAUGUGGAUGACUUUGCCGAGUCCUGGAGGGUAGAGUCCAAUGAGUUCUGCAACAGACCCCAGAGAAAACCAGUGCCUGAACUGUGUCAAGGGACAGUGAAGGUAAAGCUUCGAGCCCAUCGGGAAUGCCAGAAACUCAAAUCCUGGGAGUUUCAGACCUGCCACUCAACUGUAGACUAUGCUACUUUCUACCGGUCCUGCGUGACAGAUAUGUGUGAAUGUCCAGCCCAUAAAAACUGUUACUGCGAGUCAUUCCUGGCUUAUACCCGCGCCUGCCAGAGAGAGGGCAUCAGCGUCCACUGGGAGCCUCAGCAGAAUUGUGCAGCCACCCAGUGUAAGCACGGUGCCGUGUAUGAUACCUGUGGCCCGGGAUGUGCCAAGACCUGUGACAACUGGAAUGAGAUCGGUCCCUGCAAUAAGCCGUGUGUUGCUGGUUGUCACUGUCCAGCAAACUUGGUCCUUCACAAAGGAAGGUGCAUCAAGCCAGUCCUUUGUCCUCAGCGGUGA